CCUGUCACCAAUUCGCCCUUGCACCUACACAUUCACAAAAAACAAAUACAAAAAUGCUCCGUUCUCUCUUUGGAAAGCAGACGCUGCAGCGCGCUUCACUUGCUGCCCGUUACAUCGCGACGUCCGGCAAGCAGACAACUGCAGCAGCGGCAACGUACAUUACGCCUGAGCCGCAAUUCCCGCAGCCCCUGGCCAAGCCUGAGGAGAAACGGCCGAACGUGAUGAAGGUGAUUGAGCGUGAGUCGGUGGCGCGCGCGGACCGUGACGGGCGGUCCGAGCUGUUCCGGAGACGUGUGGCGCCCAAGGACCGGCUGUGCGCGGGUGACGUGGUGUUUGUCGAGACGCAGAACAGCAUGUCCGAUCCGUCGCUGACGUCGAAUUUUACAGGCGUGUGCAUUGGCAUCUACCGGCGCGGCAUCGACACGUCAUUCAUUCUGCGUAAUGUGGUCAACAAGGUGGGCGUGGAGAUGCGGUUCAUGGCGUACUCGCCGCUAGUGAAGCGGAUCGAGAUCCUGCAGAAGGGUGAGGGAUUCAGAAGGGCGAAGCUGUUUUACCUGCGCGAGAACCCCGGAAAGACGUUCCAGCUAAAGGCGCUCAAGAAGAUGGCACAGUCGGCUGCCGCGGCCAAGAAGCAUUAAAAGUGAAUAAAUAAACACUGUUGGUAGUAGCUUUUGCGACACGCUGUUGUCAAUAACUUCCAUUAUCUGAAGGAGCCGUAGCUGGGCAAAACACGAG